CACUCACCGAUGCUGACACUCGCUCAGAGACAGACAGUGGGCCAGGAUGAAUCCAAGGUCGUCCUCACCCCUGCCGCGGCCGCUGCUGCUGCUGCUUCUGAUCUCAGCCUUAGCCGUUUCCGGAGAAAUCCUGAAGAGCACCCUGCCUGCCAACUGCCCCCCCGAUGGCAUAAUGCGGGAUAGAGGGAGGAUCACCAUUGCACCAUUUUUAAGAGACAAAGAAUACCAACGCAGUUUUUACGUGCAUCCCGAGGAAGGCAUUGAAGGAGUUGGGCUGACGACUGAACGUGAGAGCAAACAAUACAUCAUUUGGCUCCCUCUACCAGACACUUGCUUCCCGCAUGACACAGUGAUGUGGUGGAAGAUGUCAGCAGAGGUACAGUGGAUACAGGACGAGGAUGACCAAAACACCACUCUUGUAUUCCAAUUUAAGAUAGGAAUGUGCAAUGCCCUGUGUACCCAAGUAGUUUCAGACGCUAAUUUCAUAAUGGGUAUUCAUAUCGACAUGCACGGAACCUUCAGUUAUCGACGCUCCAAGCCAGACCAAGAGAACUGCCCCGCCAUGGAGGAGCUGGAGGACUUGAAUGUCCUCAGCUGCACUGCGAAUGCCCCUAACACCAUCCGGGUCUCUGCCCCUGCCAAAAAACCGGCCCCUACCCCUGCCACCAGACCGGCCCCUGCCCCUGCCACCAGACCGGCCCCUGCCCCUGCCACCAAACCGGCCCCUGCUCCUGCAACCACCCCGGACCCUGUCAAUGCCAACACCCCGGUUCCGGACCCUGCCAUCACCCCGGCCCCUGCCCCUGUCAACACCCCGGACCCUACCCAUGCCACCAUCCCGGGGCCGGCCCCUGCAACCAUCGACCCCGACCCCAGCCAACACACCGGCCCCUACCAACAAACCGCCCCCUGCCAACACACCGGCCCCUACCAACACAGCGGCCCCUGCCAACAAAGCAGCCCCUACCAACACACCGGCCCCUAUGAAAACACCGGCCCCUACCAACACACCGGCCCCUACCAACACACCGGCCCCUGCCAACACACCGGCCCCUACCAACACACCGGCUCCUACCAACACACCGGCCCCUACCAACACACCGGCCCCUGCCAACACACCGGCCCCUGUCAACAAACCGACCCCUGUCACAACACCUGCCCUUGCCAACACACCGGCCCGUGCCACAACACCGGCCCCUGCCACAACACCGGCCACUCCCAACACACCGACCUCUGAACCUGUCCCCACCCCGGCCCCUGCCUCUGCCACCACCCCGGCCCCGGCCCCUGCACCUGCCACCACCCCGGCCCCUGCCCCGGCCUCCGCCAGCUACGCAAAGGCUGGUGGAGUGGCGGUGCUUUCCUAUAUCUAUAUUUCUAUUCAUCUCUCUCUAUCUAUCUAUCUAUCAAAAUCUAUUUUCAUAGGUGGUGGCCGAGUGGUCAUCGUGCAUACGUGUAACGGUUGCUGUUUUGCAGUCUUCUCAGUUUUUAAUGAUGCUCUUGGACUUCAUCCUUGAUAGUAAAAAGGAAGUCGGCAUUUCUGUAUCUGUCUGUGUUGAGGCGAAACUCUUACAUCGCUCUGUUGGACUGGCUGAUUUGUGAUUUGAUUUGUAUUGUUGCAACAAUAAAGGACUGAAUAAAA